UAAAUCAGUAAAACCCAUCUCUCCCACACACCCAACCAAGAAGCAACUGUUACAUCCCUCUCCUCCACGCACCCGCACAGUGGCAGGCAGCAAGCUGGGAGAGUGAGAGAGAUCAGAGAUAGUAGCUCGAUCCCCGGCAAAACCUAACCAAAACCAAGACCUUUCCUUAUCCUUGCAAGUCCUCGGAAACGGAAAGAGCCUGCUCCGCAGCGCGUUUGCGAGUUUGGGAAGAAGCUAGGCAACGCCGGAAGGGGAAACGAACGAGGGAGAUGGGGAGGGGGCGCAGCGAGAUAAAGAGGAUCGAGAACCCAACCCAGCGCCAGUCCACCUUCUACAAGCGCAGGGACGGCCUCUUCAAGAAGGCCAGGGAGCUCGCCGUCCUCUGCGACGCCGACCUCCUCCUCCUACUCUUCUCCGCCUCCGGCAAGCUCUACCACUACCUCGCGCCCACUGUUCCCUCCGUCAAGGACUUCGUGGAGAGGUACGAGACAGCGACGCACACCAAAGUUUGGUCCGAUAUCCGCCAGGAGAGGCGCGCCGAGCUGGAGAAGGUGGGCAAGAUGUGCGACAUCUUGGAGAAGGAGCUGAGGUUCAUGACGGUGGACGACAGGGAGCAGUACACGGUGCCGUCGCUGGCGGGGCUGGAGCAGAGCCUGGAGGCGGCGAUGCGCAAGGUGCGCUUCGAGAAGGACCGCAAGAUCGGAGGCGAGAUGAGCUACCUCGAGAACAUGAUCAGGGGAAAACAAGCGGAGCGCUACGGGUUGUGUGACAAGCUUGCUCAUGCUCAGAGUUUGAAGCAGAUGGAAGGUGGAUCCACCUCGCUAAACAACGGCUUGGACCUCAAACUGGGCUUCAAUUAGGAAACGGUAGAAGCUUGAGUUUGAAGCGUUCUGCACUAGUGUUGUUUCGAGCUCUUGUAUUAUGACAACCUGAAAUAUUGUUUUGAGCUCUAGUAUUAUGUCAACCUGAAAUAUUCUACUGUGCCAUUCGGGGUUAUAGGACUGUUAUUUUAUCA